ACACCGAAGGGAAUGCAUGCUGCAAACACUUCCGAUGCAGUUUACUCUACACUCACAUCGUUGGUAGUUUUGGCGUGUUUCCCCUUGAACGGCGGAGUCCACCAUGGAGGUCCUGGGAGGGGAGUUUGGGGAAAUGACCCCCCAGGAGCUGGCGGCUCCGGUCAACACGGUGGCGGAAAAAUGGAAAUUGCUGCCAGCUUUCCUGAAGGUGAAAGGUUUGGUGAAGCAGCACAUCGAUUCCUUCAACUAUUUCAUAAACGUGGAGAUAAAGAAGAUCAUGAAAGCGAAUGAGAAAAUAACGAGUGACGCCGAUCCGAUGUGGUACCUGAAAUACCUGAAUAUCUAUGUUGGCAUGCCCGAUGUGGAAGAAAGCUUCAAUGUAACCAGACCAGUGUCUCCUCAUGAGUGUCGUCUCAGAGACAUGACGUACUCUGCACCCAUCACGGUGGACAUAGAGUACACCCGUGGCAGUCAGAGGAUCAUUCGCAAUGGACUUCCUAUCGGAAGGAUGCCAAUCAUGCUGCGAAGCUCCAACUGUGUUCUCACGGGAAAGACUCCCAUGGAGUUUUCCAAGCUCAAUGAGUGUCCUCUGGACCCGGGGGGGUAUUUCAUCGUAAAAGGUCAAGAGAAGGUAAUCCUCAUCCAGGAACAGCUGUCUAAGAAUCGAAUCAUUGUGGAGCAGGACAGGAAAGGUGCGGUUGGAGCCUCGGUUACCAGCUCCACUCACGAGAAGAAAAGCAGAACUAAUAUGAUUGUGAAGCAGGGCCGGUUUUACCUGAGACACAACACGCUGUCGGAGGACGCUCCCAUCGCCAUCAUAUUCAAGGGUAUGGGCGUGGAGAGCGACCAGGAGAUAGUUCAGAUGAUCGGCACAGAGGAGCACGUGAUGGCCAGCUUUGCCCCGAGCCUGGAGGAGUGUCAGAAAGCCCAGAUCUUCACACAGACUCAGGCUUUGAGGUUCCUCGGAAAUAAAGUGCGACGCCAGCGCAUGUGGGGAGGUCCCAAGAAGACCAAGAUGGAGGAGGCCAGAGAGCUGCUGGCCUCCCUCAUCCUCACUCACGUGCCCGUCAAAGAGUUCAACUUUCGGGCGAAGUGCAUUUACCUGGCCGUGAUGGUCCGGAGGGUGAUCCUGGCCCAGGGGGACAACAAGGUGGACGACAGGGAUUACUAUGGCAACAAGCGUCUGGAGCUGGCUGGACAGCUCCUGUCUCUGCUGUUUGAGGAUCUCUUCAAAAAGUUCAACUCCGAACUGAAGAAGAUCGCCGACCAGAUCAUCCCCAAGCAGAGGGCGGCCCAGUUCGAUGUGGUCAAACACAUGCGGCAGGACCAGAUCACCAAUGGGAUGGUCAACGCCAUAUCCACAGGCAACUGGUCUCUGAAGAGGUUCAAGAUGGACCGGCAGGGUGUCACCCAGGUUCUGUCACGCCUGUCCUUCAUUUCUGCUCUUGGCAUGAUGACCAGGAUCUCCUCUCAAUUUGAGAAGACCAGGAAGGUCAGCGGGCCGCGCUCCCUGCAGCCGUCGCAGUGGGGGAUGCUGUGUCCCUCCGACACUCCCGAAGGGGAGGCCUGUGGUCUGGUGAAGAACUUGGCCCUGAUGACCCAUAUAACCACCGACAUGGAGGACGGCCCCAUCAUCAAACUGGCCUUUAACCUCGGCGUGGAGGACGUCAACCUCCUGUGCGGAGAGGAGCUCUCCUACCCGAGCGUCUUCCUCGUCUUCCUCAACGGUAACAUUUUGGGUGUGAUCAGAGAACAUCACAAGCUGGUCAACACCUUCAGGCUCAUGCGCAGGGCAGGUUUCAUCAAUGAGUUUGUGUCCAUCUCCACCAACCUGACCGACCGCUGCGUCUACAUUUCCUCUGAUGGAGGACGGCUGUGCAGGCCGUACAUCAUUGUGAAAAAGGGACAACCGAUGGUAAAGAACAAACACAUGGAGGAUCUGUCUCAGGGCUACAGAACCUUUGAGGACUUCCUGCACGAAGGCCUGGUGGAGUACCUGGACGUCAACGAGGAGAACGACUGUCAAAUCGCCCUUUACGAGCACAUGAUCAGCAAGGAGACCACGCACUUGGAGAUCGAGCCCUUCACGCUGCUGGGAGUGUGUGCGGGCCUCAUUCCCUACCCCCACCACAACCAGUCGCCCAGGAACACGUACCAGUGCGCCAUGGGCAAGCAGGCCAUGGGAACCAUUGGAUAUAACCAGAGGAACCGCAUCGACACCCUGAUGUACCUGCUGGCCUAUCCUCAGAGGCCCAUGGUCAAGACCAAGACCAUCGAGCUGAUCGACUUCGAGAAGCUGCCAGCGGGGCAGAACGCCACCGUGGCCGUGAUGAGCUACAGCGGCUACGACAUAGAGGACGCACUGGUGCUCAACAAGGCCUCGCUUGACAGAGGAUUUGGUCGCUGUCUUGUGUACAAAAACACCAAAUGCACGCUGCGCCGUUACACCAACCAGACCUUCGACAAAGUGAUGGGUCCCAUGUUGGAUGCUGUCACACGGAAGCCCAUCUGGAGACACAACAUCCUGGAUGCAGAUGGAAUCUGCUCCCCGGGUGAGAAGGUGGAGAACAAGCAGGUGCUGGUGAACAAAUCCAUGCCAACCGUCACCCAGACGCCACUGGAGGGCAGUACCCAGCCAGGCCAGCCCCAGUACAGAGACGUGCCCGUCAGCUACAAGGGCUCGACGGACUCGUACAUCGAGAAGGUCAUGAUCUCCUCCAACGCCGAGGAUGCCUUCCUCAUCAAGAUCCUCCUGCGGCAGACCAGGAGGCCCGAGAUCGGAGACAAAUUCAGCAGCCGGCACGGACAAAAAGGUGUUUGCGGCCUCAUCGUGCCACAGGAGGACAUGCCAUUCUGUGACACGGGCAUCUGUCCAGACAUCAUCAUGAACCCUCACGGAUACCCCUCCAGAAUGACGGUGGGGAAGUUGAUAGAACUGCUGGCGGGGAAGGCGGGAGUCCUGGACGGGCGCUUUCACUACGGCACGGCCUUCGGAGGCAGUAAGGUGAAGGACGUGUGUGAGGAUCUCAUCCGGUAUGGAUACAACUACCAGGGCAAAGAUUACGUCACCUCAGGAAUCACUGGAGAACCUCUGGAGGCCUACAUCUACUUUGGGCCAGUCUACUAUCAGAAACUGAAGCACAUGGUCCUCGAUAAGAUGCACGCCAGAGCUCGAGGGCCCAGAGCCGUCCUCACCAGCGGAGUUCCCUUAUUCCUGACGGGGCCCUUCCCGCUGGACAGGCAGCCCACAGAGGGCCGCUCCAGAGACGGAGGGCUGCGUCUGGGCGAGAUGGAGCGAGACUGCCUGAUUGGCUACGGCGCCAGCAUGCUGCUGCUGGAGCGCCUCAUGAUCUCCAGUGACGCCUUCGAGGUGGACGUGUGUGGACAGUGCGGCCUGUUGGGAUACUCAGGAUGGUGCCAUUACUGCAAGUCGUCCUGCCACGUGUCCUCCCUGCGAAUCCCCUACGCCUGCAAGCUGCUCUUCCAGGAGCUGCAGUCCAUGAACAUCAUCCCUCGACUCAAACUGUCGCGCUACAACGAGUGAACCGGGCGGGAGCAGUGAGAGGCUUAAAGUCAGACAGACUAGAGCCGGAACAGGUUUUGUACGUUUGAGGCGUAAGGGAGCAGAUAAAAGAUCAACUUCAGUUUUGUUUUGUUUUUUGUUGAUGCUGAACUACGUCUGCUUUUCUCUUUGUGUAGAUAUUUCUCACAUCAUGCUCUGUCUGUACAUAAUAAAUACAAAAUGAGGAUUUCA